GUCACCAAGGAGGCUUUUGCAUGAUGUGCGUUAUGCAGAACCACAUGAUCCAGGCUUUUGCCAACAGCGGCAACGCGAUAAAGCCACUGUCCUUCAUCCGAGACCUCAAGAAGAUUGCCCAGCACAUCCGCUUCGGCAGCCAGGAGGACGCGCACGAGUUCCUGCGGUACACCAUCGACGCCAUGCAGAAGGCCUGCCUGAACGGCUGCACCAAGGGGGCACGCUGCGGCUGUGCUGGGGGAUUGUGCUGCGCUGUGCUCAUUGCUCUUUCUCUUGCAGUGAAGUGCUCAGUGUGCAAGAACGUCUCGGACACCUAUGACCCGUACCUGGACCUGGCGCUGGAGAUCAGGCAAGCUGCAAACAUAGUGCGGGCGCUGGAGCUGUUUGUGAAGUCGGACCUGCUGGGCGGGGAGAAUGCCUACAUGUGUGCCAGAUGCAAGAAGAAAGUGCCGGCCAGCAAGCGCUUCACCAUCCACCGAGCCUCCAACGUUCUCACGCUCUCGCUGAAGCGCUUUGCCAACUUUGGUGGAGGCAAAAUCACAAAGGACGUGGGGUACCCCGAGUUUCUGAACAUCCGGCCCUACAUGUCCCAGAACACCGGGGAUCCCAUCAUGUACAGCCUCUACACGGUGCUGGGGCACUCCGGGUACAGCUGCAACGCCGGCCACUACUAUUGCUACGUGAAGGCCAGCAAUGGGCAGUGGUACCAAAUGAACGAUGACCUGGUCCGCUCCAGCAACAUCAAAGUGGUCCUCAACCAGCAGGCCUACGUGCUGUUCUACCUGAG